CCCGACCAAUUUUUUUUUCACUUUCUUUUUCCCUUUUUCUUUUUAUAUUUAUUUAUCUAAAAUGGCUGGAAAAGGAGUAGUGAGAAGCAUUAAAAACUAUGCAAAAGGAUUUUCUGACGUUCAGAUUAAAGUGAGAGAAGCUACUUCAAACGAUAAUUGGGGCCCAAGUGGCUCUCUUAUGAACGAAAUUGCCCAGUUAACAUUCAAUGAACAAGACUUUAUUGAAAUCAUGGACAUGCUGGACAGAAGACUAAACGACAAAGGAAAGAACUGGCGUCAUGUAUUUAAAGCUUUGCUUGUGUUGGACUACUGUCUUCAUGUUGGAUCAGAAAAUGUUGUGUUGUAUGCUAAAGAGAAUAUUUAUGUGAUUCGUACACUUAAAGAGUUUCAGCAUAUUGACGAUGCUGGUAAAGAUGUCGGUUUUAAUGUGCGCCAAAAAGCCAAAGACAUUACCAGUUUAUUGAUGGACGAACAACGCUUAAAAGAAGAACGUCGCUCUCGUCACCAUAUGCAAGACAGAAUGGCAGGUGUUGGAGACUACAUGAAUGAUGUCAUGUUUAAAGGAAGGAAUAACGAUGAAGUGGAUGUAUAUAGAAAUCCAGGUUAUCUGGACGAAGACAGAGAUCUGAAGAAAGCUAUUGAGGAAAGUAAACGUUUAGCAGAGCAAGAAUCCAGAAGAAGAGGGGAAGGGUAAAAUAAGCAUUUGGCUAUUAAUUGAUAGCUAAGUUUGUGUUUUAUAGUUCAGAUGAAGAUUUACAAAGAGCCAUUCGAGAAAGUGAACAAGAAGCUAGAGAAUUAGAGAGAAAGAG